AUGAUAAUAGCCGCAUGUGGAAAGCCUUAUGGCUUCUCAUUGUUAGCACUAUUAAUACCUCUUUGUGUUAGAAUAUCCAUGUAUAUAACAAGAUGCUUUAACAAUAGUUUAUCUCUUUUAGAAAUAGAAAUAAAAUACGCGUUUGGAAGCUUGACCGUUAGCUUGGUAAUCGUAUUCUUACAAAAUAGAUUAAUCCCCUCCGAAAUGAUAGUGGUUGAAAUUGACACUGACAUUGAUUAUCGUAGUCCUUAUUUUAAUAUACCAGAUGAAGUACAAAAGCCAUGGAACUUGAUUUACCUGCAUAAAAUAUAG